AUGGACCAAACCCCGCCCCCGCCAGCAGGAGGCAUACUGCCCACCAGCCCGCUGGCCAAAGCGACGGACACCUUGUCUGGGGAUGACACCGCCAACACAGCGGUCAUCGCAGUGGUCAUCACCGUGGUGUUCGUCACCAUGGUCUCGGCGCUCGCGGUGAUCGUCAUCUACCUGUACAAGAACAAGGGGACGUACGUCACCUACGAGGCCCCCGAGGACGGUCCCGCCGCCUCCGUGCAGGUGGAGAGCAGCGGCCCCAGGGCGGGGAAGGAAGAGUAUUUCAUCUGACCUCCCGGCCGCGCUGGAUUGGCCCGGGGACCGUAGAGGGGUCGGCCACGGACCCCCUGAAACAGAGUACCGGCCUCGGGUCGGGGGGCCAGCUGGAGACGUGAGACAUUUGGGGAGGGGCGUCACGGUCUUCGGAAGA